ACUCAAAAAAAAAAAAUUGUGUUCACAACCUUUCUCCGUCAAUUUGACCUGCUAAUCGCCGGAAAAAAAUGGUUGUAUCGGUGCCGUUGACUGAUCCGACGACUCAGCUGAACUUACCACCAGGGUUCCGGUUUUACCCGACCGACGAGGAGCUCAUGGUGCAGUACCUGUUUCGCAAAGUCGCCGGGGCUGAUUCUCCGCUUUUGAUAAUCGGAGAAGUUGAAUUGUAUAAGUUUGAUCCAUGGGAAUUACCGAGUAAGGCGAUGUUUGGAGAGAAGGAGUGGUACUUUUUUAGCCCCAGAGAUCGGAAGUAUCCGAACGGGACUCGACCCAAUCGAGUGGCUGGGUCAGGUUAUUGGAAGGCAACCGGAACCGAUAAGGUGAUCAUGUCAGGGACCCAGAAGCUCGGAAUUAAGAAGGCGUUGGUGUUCUAUGUUGGUAAAGCUCCAAAAGGGUCCAAAACGAACUGGAUCAUGCAUGAAUAUCGGUUAUCAGAGUCCUCAACUAAGGACAAUAGCGGCUCACGGUUGGAUGAUUGGGUGCUAUGUCGGAUCUACAAGAAAAAUUCAAGCACUGAGAAGAUGACUUCAAGUAGUCCGACGACCGAGCUGAGCCACAGCUCUCCGGCAAUGUCAUCUUCGUCCAACGGCCUCGAUUCAUAUCCGGACGACAAGUUUCUCAACUUUCCAACCGACGAACAAGAUCAGAAGAGCGACAUUCAGAAAUUCAAUUCUGAGAACGACGACUGGAUGAGUGUAGGUGCAUUCGCUUAUCCAAAUCUGAUCAACAACAACAACAACCCCAACCCGCUGAAUUCGACUUCCGUUGAUCCGACAUUCGACACGCAGAUGAAGUUUGUUAAAUCGCCGGACGAUGAAGUUCAAACCGGAAUCCGAAGUCAAAGGAUGGAAAACUCCAGUUAUCUGAUUUCACAGGGUUUACUAAGCACAACCGACCCAUUUGCGAUUCGGUACCCGACCCAACAGAGCACCUCGGGUUAUGAACCGUGAUAAUGUAACCGCAAAAGAAUGUUGUUAAAUAAGUAGAUGGUGUUAAAUGUAAAUAGGUGGGUUUUUGGGGGGGUGGGAUGUAAAUAUUAGAAGUUUGGUGAGAAAUAGAUAAUUUGUUUGGUUUAGGAUGAGUGGUAUAAUGUGGAUGGUUAAAGAGUGCAAUCUCCUGUUACUUUUUCUAA